AGGAAGAGAAUGGAGCUGAAUGGAAUAGCAAAGAAGAGUCGGAAAAGGGGUGAAGACAACACAGCCUUUGAACCAGAGGAGCAGGGUCAGAUAUACAUUGAAGUGGACAGUUCUCCCGAAGCUGCGGAUGAUGCACGCGACAAGCCAGAACAACAUAACAAAAGCUUGCUUGAGAAGAAAAUGGAGGCAUUCCAGGGCUGUUUGGCAAAGCACAAAGACCAGAUCCGCCUGAUUAAACGCCUGGUUUUAGGAGCAGGCCUCAUUGCCAUAGUGAUAGCGGCAUGUGUCCUGAACUUCAACCGGGCUGUUGUGCUGCUGGUCAUCUCCUUGGUAACCGUAUUCUUCCUGGUCUGGGAUUGGAUGAUGGGCCGCUAUGGCGACCGGGUGUGGGAGGAGCUCUCUCCUAUCAGAGACCUUCUCGGCAAAAACUGGUUUUGGAUCAAAUGGGUCUUGUGUGUGUUACUGCUGGUGUUCGUGGUGUGCUGGCUGGCACUGGACACGGCCCAGCAAGGGACCAGACAGCUUGUGUCUUUCUUUGGUUUGCUGCUCCUCAUCUUCUUAAUGCUGCUGUUCUCCAAACACCCAUUCAGGUGGUGUUGGCAAACUUUAAUCUGUGGGGUCGGGCUACAGUUUGUCUUUGGUCUGCUGAUCCUAAGGACAAAGCUUGGCUUAAAUGGACUGCAAUGGCUUGGAAAACAAGUCGAGACUUUUAUGUCGUUCACAGAUGUUGGGUCUAAGUUUGUGUUUGGUCCAAAUUACAGAGACCACCUCUUCGUCUUCCAGGUGAUGCCUAUACUGGUUUUUAUAAGCUCCGUCGUCUCCAUCCUCUACUACGUUGGCUUCAUGCCCUGGCUCAUUUGCAAGAUUGGAUUCGUAAUGCAGGUUACCAUGGCAACAUCUGCACCAGAAUCAAUGGCCGCAGCUGGAAAUAUAUUCUUGGGACAGACAGACUCACCUCUCUUGAUCCGUCCGUACAUCAGUGGACUAACUUGCUCUGAGAUGCAUGCUGUGAUGGCAGGAGGCAUGGCCGGCGUCUCUGGUACCAUUUUGGGAGCCUAUAUCUCCUUUGGGAUUGAGGCAACACACUUGUUGACAGCAACACUGAUGUCUGCUCCAGCCUCCCUGGCCAUCGCCAAGAUGUUCUGGCCUGAAACAGAGACGCCCAGUGUAUCAACCAGUGAUGACCUCCAGCUGGACCAUGGAGACAGUAAGAACGUGUUUGAGGCAGCAUCCCAAGGUGCAUCUUCUGCAGUGGGUUUAGUGGCCAACAUUGUUACCAACCUCAUUGCCUUCAUGGCACUGUUAGCCUUUUUAAAUGCUGUCCUCGCCUGGCUGGGCGGGAUGUUGGACUGUCCACAGCUCAGCUUCUCGCUCAUCUGCUCAUACGUGUUCAUGCCUCUCUCGUUCAUGAUGGGUGUUUCCUGGGAGGACAGUUUCAUUGUUGCUGAACUGAUUGGCAUCAAGACAUUUAUCAAUGAGUUUAUUGCCUAUAAGAAGUUGUCAGAGUUAAUUAAGAGGCGGAAAUCAGGAGGACCAGAAUAUGUGGGCAACGUAAAGCAGUAUAUUUCUGUCCACUCUGAAACCAUUGCGACCUACGCUUUGUGUGGAUUUUCCAACUUUGCUUCGAUGGGGAUAGCGAUCGGGGCGAUGACGUCCUUGGCUCCAGACAGACGGACUGACAUUUCCGAUUGUGCCCUCAGAUCUCUGAUUGCAGGCAGCGUCUCCUGUUUCAUGACGGCUUGUAUUGCAGGUACGUUGUACAUCCCUAAUCUUCAGUGUCCACAUUUCCUGAGCACAGAGUUCAUCAACACCAACGUGACCAGCAGCUCACAACUAGUCACCUGCUGCACACAACUCUAUAACAGUGUGACGGUGUAUGAGCCGUGGAACGUGACGAUCGGAGCAGGAUUCAGUCAGAGCAGCCUGCAACGCUGCUGUGCACUCACACCCCCCACACACUUCAACUGCAGCCUGGUGCUUUGAAUCACUGUGAACAAAAACACACACCUCCGUGUUGCAUCAUAUCCAUCAGGCCACCACGGACCAGUCAGGCAGACUGGUUUGACUGGCAGACUGAUUGUCCAAGCAACUGGCUCAUUAAUCCUGACAGCGAUGAUAAGACCGGACAAAAAGGAGGGUAUCAAGGUUGUGCACUUUUCAACAACUGCAUGUGUGAGACAAGCAUGCAGUCACAGAGACGGCGAAUGACAGUCUCUUCAUUAAAUUCGCCACAAGCUAAAGGUCAGAUGGCUCCCUUCUCGACGGGCAGGAGGUGUGUUCACAUGUGUGAAUUUCACACACCCACAGAGAGGGAACAUUAGACAUCAGCCAUCAGACACUUGACACACGGGACAUUUUUAGGUGCUGUCAUAGGCGUUUGUAGCCCAUUUUUGGGGGUGCUGAAGCACCCCGAAAUUGAAUCCCAGCACCCCUAAAA